UCUUGGAGGGUGAUGUUCAAUGAUUGGCUAGUUGGGGAAUCGGAGAUUGGAAGCUUGCAUUUCUAAUCGGUGUUCAUGUUUAGCCUACACCUUGCACACCCACUGAGCCGAGAGGACGGACAGAGUGCGAGGAGCGUGAAAGGGCUGGAGCUCGGAGUUAAUAACCGUUGGCAGUAGCAGCGGACCGAGACGACCGAAACAAAGUCGAUACUUUUUUCUUUUUUUUACGGAUUUAACGGGCGAAAUUGGCUAGUGUUCAAAGUAGGGUCUAGAGGAGACGCACCCGUCAAGCAUUUUUCGUCUUCGUACUUGAUUUCUGUAUUAUUACUCCGUGUCAGAUGUUGAAAUAUAUGGAGCUCUGGCCGAUAUACGAAACUUUCUUCUUUCUUCUGACUUGUCCUGUCAGCGCUUCUUCCAUGGUUCGCCUUUUACCCGGACGCGAAGGGAGUUGGAAGCGAUAAUAUACUGUUCCAUCAAGUUGUUAAUGUUGUUAAUCCGGAGUUAUUGGUGUUUUGGGGGGUCUUCUCUGAGAUUUACUGUAUUGGAGAAACUCAUAACAAGAAAUAACAUUUUAAGUUUAUUUUAUUCCAAGGGCGAAAGGAUUUUAUUUGUUUAUUCCAUGUUGGUUUAUUUAUUCCAGUAACCUAAACUACGUGUAGCCUAUAUUUUACGGGACACAUUGAAGAGAGUGGAGGGGCGACAUCCACGGCAUCGAGAGCACCUGGGACGUAUCGCCGUGGCGUAACCCGGUAAAGAUGCUCUCUGUUCGGAUGCAGCGUGACCAGGGACUCGGUCGUCUACUGGUUCUCCUUGUUCUCACCAGUGGAUAUCUCGUCUCCGAUGCUGAGAGCAUCGACUACAGUGACGUGAUUCCGGACUCGUUCUCCUUCGCCUCGGCAGAACCGCUCCCAGAGUUCCAGCUGGAACCGAAGGACGAGUUCAUCGUUAAGAACCGACCCGUGCAGCUCCGCUGUAGAGCCGCCCCCGCCACGCAGAUAUACUUCAAGUGUAACGGAGAGUGGGUCAACCAGAACGAUCAUGUGACCAGAGAGAGCCUCGAUCAGAUCACGGGCCUGGUGGUGAGGGAGGUGGAUAUCUCUGUAUCGAGGACCCAGGUGGAGGAAUUGUUUGGUCUGGAGGACUACUGGUGUCAGUGUGUGGCCUGGAGCUCUGCAGGCACCACCAAGAGUAGCCGUGCUUACGUCCGCAUCGCAUAUCUGCGUAAGACCUUUGAGCAGGAGCCUCUGGGUCGAGAGGUGAGAUUGGAGCAGGAGGUGUUGCUGCAGUGUCGACCUCCCGAGGGCAUGCCCCCUGCUGAGGUGGACUGGUUGAAGAAUGAGGACACCAUAGAUCCGUCUCAGGACUCUAACUUCCUGAUGACCGUAGAAAAUGACCUCAUUAUUAAACAGGCCCGUCUCUCUGACACGGCCAACUACACCUGUGUGGCCCGCAACCAGGUAGCCAAAAGACGCAGUAGUACCGCCACGCUUAUCGUCUACGUGAGUGGGGGCUGGUCUUCGUGGACUGAGUGGUCGGAGUGUAACGCCCAGUGUGGGCGGGGCUGGCAGCGACGGACACGCAGCUGCACCAAUCCUGCGCCUCUAAACGGGGGAGCCUUCUGCGAGGGCUCGGCUUUCCAGAGAGUCACAUGCACCACUCUGUGUCCAGUGGACGGAGGCUGGACGGACUGGGCCAAGUGGUCAGCGUGUGGGACAGAAUGUACCCAUUGGAGGAGCAGGGAGUGUCAGUGUGGUGGAGUCAGGGCUAAGAUGGCCAAGGCAGCACUGUGUGCAGCAAUGGACCCUGGUAUGGGUGUAACGGUGUACGCUGGCCUGGUGGGGGCGCUGUUACUGUGUGUGGUGCUGGUGCUGUGUGUGGGGGUGUUGGCAUACCGACGCAACUGUCGCCAUCUCCACGGCGAUAUCACGGACUCCUCCUCCGCCCUCACCACAGCCUUCCAGCCCGGCAACUAUAAACCACCCAGACAGGACAACCCUCACGUCCUCCACCCCUCUGCGCCCCCAGACCUGACAGCCACAGCGUGUACCUUCAGGGAUCCUCUCUUCUCUCUGCGGCAGGGUGCCAACGAUGGUCACCACAAGAUCCCCAUGACAACCUCUCCCCUGCUGGACCCCCUGCCCAGCCUCAAGAUCAAAUUGGUUCAACCAGGUACUAUUCCUCAGGGGAAGUUCUAUGAGAUCUACCUCACCAUCAACAAGUGGGAGAAAACCACGUUACCUUCGGAGGGCAGUCAGACAGUGCUGAGCCCGGUGGUGAGCUGUGGUCCAUCAGGCAUGCUGCUGAGUCGACCUGUGGUCCUCACUCUGCCACACUGUGCCCAGCUAGAUACCCCAACACCAGACUGGACCCUCACCCUCAAGACACAGACACACCAAGAGGCAUGGGAGGAGGUGCUGACGGUGGGAGAGGAGAGUCUAUCGUCCCCCUGCUACCUCCAGCUAGAGGAGUCGAACUGCCACGUGGUGAUGGAACAGUUGGGGACCUACAGUCUAGUGGGCCAGUCCUGCCCUCCCCAGCCGGCCUGUAAGAGGCUACAGCUGGCCCUGUUCGCCCCCAGAGCCCCCUGUCUCUCCCUGGACUACAUCCUGAGGAUUUACUGCACACAGGACACGCCACACGCCCUGAGGGAGGUGUUGGAGUUGGAGAGGAGUCUAGGGGGGGUGUUGCUGGAGAACCCUAAACCCCUGUUGUUUAAAGAUAGCUACCACAACUUGCGUCUGUCCAUCCAUGACAUCCCUCACUCACAAUGGAGAAGCAAACUACUGGCCAAGUACCAGGAGAUUCCAUUCUACCACAUCUGGAGUGGUGGUCAGAGACUCCUCCACUGUACCUUCAGCCUAGAGAGGGGCAGCCUGGCCGUAUCUCAGCUCUCCUGUAAGAUCUGUGUCAGACAGGUGGAAGGAGAGGGACAGAUCUUCCAGCUGCACACUGACAUACAGGAGACCCUCUCGCCCUGCUCCUCCCUCCCCUCGGGGGGUACAUGCCUGUCCUCCUCCCAGGUGGGGCCCUAUGCCUUCCGUCUGCCCACCUCCAUACGACAGAAGAUCUGUGCCAGUCUGGAUGCCCCCAGUGCCCGCGGCUGUGACUGGAGACUACUGGCACACAGCCUGGGCUUCGACAGGUAUCUCAACUACUUUGCAACAAAGCCCAGCCCCACAGGAGUUCUGUUGGACCUAUGGGAGGCCAGUCACCAAGGCGAUGCGGACCUGGUGUCCCUAGCGACCGCUCUCGAGGAGAUGGGCAAAAGUGAGGUCCUGGUUGUCAUGGCGACAGACGGCGAUUGCUGA